AUGGGGCUGACAGCUGUUGUUCCGAUAGAUCGUCUAUUGGAUAAAGCGCCCCUUUCGAAAUUCCGGUCCUUCAAAAUACGAUAUGGCCGCGAGAUCAUCGAGAGAUAUCGUUUGAAAGAGAAGCCAGUGGAGUACAGCGAAGUGCCCACCUUCGGGGAGUUUGUCGAAUACCUCCUGGACACACCGCCGUGGGAAUACAACGAGCACUGGCAACCGUACUACCUGAUCUGCACGCCUUGCCACCACCGCUACAACAUCAUCAUGCACCUUGAGAGUUUGCAUGAUGACACGCGGUACCUUGUCGAUCUCACGGGUCUUCCGCAGUUAGCUCCGAAGCAGGUUCACGGCACCAGGGAGGAUCUGCUUCCGAAACCCGGCGACUCGCAAAGGAAACGCGAUCCAUUACCUAAGGAUGCGCAUAGCAAAGCAGGGGAGAAUUUGGGACAUGAUGGAGCCCAGCAGUCCAGUGACCAAAAGCCGGCGAAUUUUGAGGCUGCCUUCUUCAGAGAAAUUACUUUGCAGCAGUUGCACAGGCUUUACCAGAUUUACGAGAUUGAUUUUUUUAUGUUUGGGUAUGAUAUUAGUCCAUAUGAUACUUACGUUAACUAA